CCAUGCUGCUCUAACUUGGUGCUGUAUGAAUAUGCUUGUGGUAUAUUUGGUAGCAUUUCGUAGUAUGACUUAUUGCAUUAGUACUGUACAAAGUUAGAGGUGCGCAACUUGAUGGAUUCCCCCACUCCCUCUACCUCGGGCUUCCAGUGGGGAGACCUGAUGUGAACCUACCCCCGCCCCUCUGCCCAUCUCGUACUUCAGGGCGCCCACUUCGAGAAGGUUAAUUGACCCCCAUGAUGAUGUUGACAUGAAGUGCAAAUGAGUGAUAGAAAACCGAUCACGCAAAUGUCACCAUACCGAUUUUCGGGUGCCCCGUGCCGCCCUCGGCCGCUACCCAUGUUGCCCAUAGAUCAGUCGCUGCCCACCGUCCAUUUAACCUCCCUGACCAAGCCCCCUUCCUUGAAUGGCCUUGUACCGCACUAUGGCGCAGGGGGUAACCAAAUAAGGCGACGGCCGCGAACUCCCACUCACUCUACCCCUGUGCGCCCCCUGGCCUGGCUGGCCCUCGCUGGGGUAUAAAGGUCUGAUCCCCAGCAGCUGUGCAUCCCUGCCUCUCCAACAGAUCCAGUAACAGCAGUAGAUCUGUAGAACACCAUCUAACGUCAUGUGCGACGAUGAAGAGACCACCGCACUGGUGUGCGAUAACGGCUCAGGUCUCGUGAAAGCCGGCUUCGCAGGAGAUGACGCUCCCCGCGCUGUUUUCCCUUCCAUCGUCGGCCGUCCACGUCACCAGGGUGUCAUGGUCGGCAUGGGUCAGAAAGACUCCUACGUUGGUGACGAAGCUCAGAGCAAAAGGGGCAUCUUAACUCUUAAAUACCCCAUCGAACACGGCAUCAUCACCAACUGGGACGACAUGGAGAAGAUCUGGCACCACGCCUUCUACAACGAGUUGAGAGUCGCCCCGGAGGAGCACCCGACUCUCCUCACAGAAGCCCCCCUCAACCCCAAGGCCAACCGGGAGAAAAUGACCCAGAUCAUGUUUGAAACAUUUAACGUCCCAGCCAUGUAUGUGGCCAUUCAGGCUGUGCUGUCCCUCUACGCCUCCGGGCGUACCACAGGUAUUGUGCUGGACUCCGGUGACGGCGUAACACACAAUGUUCCAAUUUACGAGGGUUACGCUCUUCCCCAUGCCAUCAUGCGUCUGGAUCUGGCCGGCCGCGACCUGACAGACUACCUCAUGAAGAUCUUGACAGAACGUGGCUACUCUUUCGUCACUACAGCUGAGCGUGAGAUCGUGAGGGAUAUUAAAGAGAAACUGUGCUAUGUCGCGCUGGACUUCGAGAAUGAGAUGGCAACAGCUGCUUCCUCCUCCUCUCUGGAGAAAAGCUAUGAGCUGCCAGACGGACAGGUCAUCACCAUUGGUAACGAGAGGUUCCGCUGCCCAGAGACCUUGUUCCAGCCAUCAUUCAUCGGUAUGGAGUCUGCUGGUAUCCAUGAGACUACAUAUAACAGCAUCAUGAAGUGUGACAUCGACAUCCGUAAAGACCUGUAUGCAAACAAUGUCUUAUCUGGUGGCACGACCAUGUAUCCUGGUAUUGCUGACCGCAUGCAAAAAGAAAUCACAGCUCUGGCUCCAAGCACCAUGAAGAUCAAGAUAAUUGCGCCCCCUGAGCGUAAAUACUCCGUCUGGAUCGGUGGCUCCAUCCUGGCCUCCCUGUCCACCUUCCAGCAGAUGUGGAUUACCAAACAGGAGUACGAUGAGGCCGGUCCCUCCAUCGUCCACCGGAAGUGCUUCUAACCACACACUGGCAAAGCCAGUGCUAUGGUUCAUGCAACGCGCUCCGUCAUCAUUCAACAGUUUGUUUUACACAAGAAGUAAUUUGUCUGUGUGAAUGUCCUCGUAAGCAAGACCCGGGACUUGCAACGUGUUCUUUGCCUUGAGUUUUAUUUUGUAUAGAGAUGAAGACUAAUUGAGGUUUUGGAGUAGGUUAUGACAGCAUUGUCAUUUGACUUGUUGUUUACAAACAUAUCAUUCCUCUAAUGAAUUACAUUUUAGUCUUGGUAAUUGUCUCCAGUCUUUUCUCU